GGGUCGCAGUUCGAUGGCACUUUGUUAAAGCACGGCUAAGAUUGUCGAAUAAAUAGACUUCUUGACGAUAAAAUAGCCGUUUGUAUUCUAUUUUGUGUUGAAAAUGUGGUUUACAAACUAUAUUUAAACUAUUAACGGAUGGUUGGCGUGCUUUUGUGAUAUAAAAAUGUAUUUUCAAUGCACCUUAGGAGCCAUUUUUAUUGUAUUUAUUUUGUGCGUUCAUUGUGAUAAUGCGGGUAUCAAGAAUGAGAUUUUGGAGAUUUACGUUCCGUCCGCGCCGCAAAACCUCACAGCAAAUAGAGUGACGUCAGACGAAAUACAUUUGUCGUGGGCCCCGCCAGCCACUUACACAAAACAUUUGCUGGACUCCACAGACAAAACGCCCAAAAGUGAACCGGAACUCACCGUUAUAGCCAAGAAGGAAACACAAGCAGACGCACCGAUCAAUGAAAGCACAGACCGAACUGAACCAGAAACAUUAAUAAAAACAGAACGGCUAAAAGAUGGUUAUACAUAUAAUUUAUAUAGAAACGAUAAGUUAAAGUACAAUGAUGAUUUCUCAGCUUCAGAUAUUUUAACGGAUAGCUACAGAAGCAAAAGAGAAUUACGAUCUCAUAGGCAUAGGAAACGAAGACAAAACAAUGCGACAGAUUCAACGCAUGAGAAGAGCUUGGAAGGUAUAGAGACGCAUCAGGCAUUUGUUUUGCCGAUUGAAGUUGUCAAAAAGUCAUUUAACCAGGCUAGGGUAGACAUAACACAAAUUGCGUAUGUUCUUUAUUACGAAGAGGGAGUCGCGAUUAGGAAUGCUACAAGUGAUGUCGUAUUUGUGGCUGGAGUUCCAACGUCUGCUGAUAUAAGAAGAAGGAAUGUAUUUCGCAGCGAUUUCGCAAUGGAUGGCUAUUUGAAUGCAACGAGGAAUUUAACGUUGCUGAAUACGUCAGGUGUGCCGACCAAGGUUGUGGGGUUUCGAUUGAAAAAUUUAAAACCAUUUACACCGUACAAGAUAUGGGUCCGGGCUUUCUACAAUUUUCAGCUGACAGGAGUGAAAUCCCAAGAUCUCUUGGAGCGGCUGGGCCCCCAGUCAGAGUCGCUGUAUGUGCUGUCUGAUGUGAAGCCACCCUCGGCCCCGAUAAUACUAAACCUCACAUGCGACCUGCUCAAAGGCAAGCUCUACCUGCAGUGGCGCCAACCGCAGUACUACAACAACUCUCUGGAUCAGUACGUGGUGACGCUGCGCAAACUACCGGAGCAGCACCCUCGCACGCACCUCACGCUGCCCACGACCCGCGACGACAUCGAGACCACCAUCAGCGUGAAUGUGGAACUUUGGAAUCUGACGCGAUAUGAAGUAAAGAUAUAUGCGGUGACAGUCUCCGUAGCUCGGCCGAACACACUCAUUAAUGGAUCUGAAUCGCCCCCUAAGGAGGUGUCGAGCUCGUGGUGCACGGCGUACUCGGAGGCGUUCUCCCCGGGCGAGGCGGGCGAGGCGGGCGAAGCGGGCGAGAUGGGUGCGGCGGUGCGGGGCGCGGGGGGAGCGUCCCUCGCACUGGCCGCCGUGGCGCUACUCACCGCACUGGCCGCGCUCAGUGCGGGCCUGUUGUACUGGAGAUGUCGCUCGCGGCUUAGCAAGUGCCUGAGCGCUGCGUACAACUACCUGGAAGAGGGCGGAGAACGCGGGGCGAGAGCGCCACUCAACGCGUACAAGAAGCCAGUGAACUGCUCGCCGCUGGGGUCGAGCGCGGCGGGUGCGGCGGGUGCGGCCGGCGAGCCAGAGGGUCGUGCGGGCCGGCCGCCGCGCAUGUGCGGCACACACUUCCCGCUGGUGCGCGCUGACGAGUUCCCGCGGCACGUGGCGCGCUUGCACGCAGACGGGGACAUCGGAUUCAGUAAAGAGUACGAGAUAGUGGUAUCAAAGUCGGCAGCACUUGGCCACACUAGCCAUCAUAGCUAUCGGCCCGAGAACCGGCUCAAGAAUAGGUACCUCAACAUUACUGCUUACGACCACUCCCGCGUGUGCGUGUCUGCGGGUGCGCGGUGCGGUGCGGCGGGCUGCGUGGGCGCGGGGCGCGGCGCCGCGUGCGAUUACGUCAACGCUAACUUCAUCGACGGCAUGCUGCCCGCGCUGUCUCCGGACCACGCGAGCCGCAUACUGAGACGACUCGAGCGCCGCGCGCGUCCGCACAGACAGCCUUCGGUAAAAGCCAGUAAGCCGCCCCCCAACUUGGCGGAGGGAAUCGAAUCCGCAUUUCUCAACAUCGAAUUCUCCGGCAUUGUGGAGUCAGAUGAGCAGCGCGACUCCGACAGCGAGUCCAGCGACGAUGACUCCGAAUUGGAUGAUGUCUACGUGGAAAUCAAUGGCGUGCCUCGGCAGAUAAAGUUGGAGUGGGUGGUGUGGAGGCGGCGCUAUAUCGCGACCCAGGGCCCCACGCCCGCCACGCUCGAUGCCUUCUGGCGCAUGAUAUGGCAGCACGACGUGCGCACCCUGGUCAUGAUCACCAACCUGGUGGAGCGGGGCCGGCGGAAGUGUGACAUGUACUGGCCGGCGGGCGGUCGCGGCAGCACGGCCCAGUUCGGGGACGUGCACGUCAUGUUGGUGUACGAGGACGUGCGAGCUGCGUACACCAUACGACACCUGCGGGUCACCACGGACAAAUCUAAAUUGCAGGUAAACGAUACAAACUCGGAAGGCGAGAGUGAUUCUGGCAUCGUCCGCGAGGUGGUGCAGUACCACUACACCGUGUGGCCCGACCACGGCACGCCGCGACAUCCACUCGCCGUGCUGCCCUUCGUCAAGGCGUGCUCCGACCCCAAGGUCGUGCUCGUCCACUGCAGUGCGGGCGUGGGGCGGACGGGCACGUACAUCGUGAUCGACGCGCAACUGAACCAGCUGCGGCUGACGGGCACUCUGUCGCCGCUGGGGUUCCUGUGCCGCGCGCGCUCGCAGCGCAACCACCUGGUGCAGACGGAGGAGCAGUACGUGUUCGUGCACGACGCGCUGCUGGAGUACGUGCGCUCGGGCGACACCGCCGUGCGCUACGAGCGCGUGCGCCCGCACCUGGCGCACCUGCUCGCGCCGCUCUCCGACACCGAGCGGGCGCGCCUCUGCGUCGCCGACACUCCCCGACAUGACGUCACGAACCCUGCCGAUGACGUGACAAGUGUUAUCAGCGACAAGACCGUGUUAGAAAAUGGGAGUGUGUCGAUGAAGACAGACGACAGCGAGCCUAGCAAGUCGGAGAGAGAUACAAACAACAGCAAAUCAGAAAAGGAUACAACUCAAACAAAAUCGGAUCGAGACAGAGAUUCGGUCCAAAUCAAGUCUGAACGUGAUAGAGAUACGCCUGUGAACGGGGAGGAAAGUGAAGGAGUGUACGACCUGGCGCCGCGCUCCACGGACACGUAUAGUAGGAAGAUGGCGGCUUAUAAUAGUAUGAGUGAAGAAGAGAAAGAAGAGAUCAGACGAGCGAAUCGUGUCGAGAACUACGCGCUACUGGAGCGGAUGCGCUCGUUGGCGAACAGACAGAACGUGGUGCGUGGCCCGCCGCCCGUCAACCUGCUGGAGAAACAGUAUCAGCUUAUUACCCGCUCCGCCGUAGAAGCGAGCGUGUGCGCUCGCGCGCCGCACAAUGCGGACAAGAACAGGGUUGGUGGCGUGCUGCCGUCCGACUGCGCGCGAGUCAUGCUCGUGCCCAAACCGGGUGUUGAAGGCAGCGACUACGUGAACGCGUCGUGGGUGUGCGGGUGGCGCCGCAUGCGCGAGUACGCGGUGGCCCAGCGGUGCGCACGCGCAGGAGCGGGCGCGGCCGAGCUGUGGCGCCUGCUGUGGGACCACACGGGCCAGCUGGUGCUGCUGCUGGGAGACCCGCGCCACGACAAUGGGGAAGUUUUCUGGCCAACGGAAGACGAGCGGGAGUUAUUUGUUGCUAACUUCAGAGCGAGCUUUGUGUCUAAAGAAAUUUAUGUGGCACGCAGAAGAAUAGACAGAAAGCCGAGUGAAUCACCCACGUCACCAGAAAUUAACGGUUACCGUCGCCAAGACGGCUCUGAAUGCGCCGACGAUGAACGACUAAUACCAGAAAACUCACCAGUAUCUAGUACCGAACCCACCUACCGCUUCGACCGAACCGAACUUCGACUUGAUUCGCUCAACGGACGAGAUCUCUCGGCGCGGAAAUCUAUAGCUAAUGGCGAUCUUUUUUCGUCUCUUACUGAGAAAAAAAAUGGACCGAAAUCCCCAAGAAGUCCUUCAAAGAUGUCCCUGAAAAACUUCAAACUAAGUUCUCCAACAAAAUUCAAGUUUCCCGACUGGGGAAAUAGGGCAGGUUCUCCCCCAGAAGAACCUCCCCCACCACCCCCAGUUAUACCAUCUCUAACUGUAGAAGAAGAAAUGGAACUUCAUAGGCCGUGCUACUACUUUGAAAGAGUAGAGUCAGUGCCAGAGGAUAUACCCUCAGACCGUUUAAUCGAAGUGACUAAUGUUAGUGUUCAUUCUUUACAAGACGAUUAUCAGUUAAAUGUUAAGUUUAUAAAGUGUAGUGAGUGGCUAUCGGGUGACACUUGUGAAUAUACAACCGGUUCGCCAGAUGACAAUCCGUUCGUGCGUGCGGUGCGGGAAAGUGACGGUGAUAGUAGAGAAAGUGCGAUAGAUAGACUCAUAGAGCCUUAUAGAGACUCAUUUGCGUUGAUUGAAUUCAUGUCGGGAUGUCAGAUGGAGUACAAGAAUGGACCUGUUGUUGUUGUUGAUGAAUACGGCGGAUGGCGAGCUUUGAGUUUCUGCGCGCUGAGUGCGGCGUGCGGCGGCGUACGCAACCCGCGUGUUCAAGAGCCGGGUGCGAGGCGGGCCGACGGUGCGGGCGAGGCGGCCGACGUGUACCGAGCGUGUGCGCUGCAGGCACAUGCGCGUUGUGCCGCACCCCGGGCACCCUUCCCGCCCUCCGCGCUGCUGGCGUGCUACUGCGCGCUCGCCAACUACGGGCCACUGCUCGCCGACGGUCACACUUGAGAUCCGGAAAGGAGACAAGUAUAUUAUUAAAAUACUCACUGAGUUGUACGAUCAACUUAGGGUAUAAAGUAUUAGUCGACCAAAAGGAAUAGAUUUGAAACUUGUUUCGAAUGAAUAAUGCUGGACUGAUAUUUGCGCUUUAAACAGUUCAAUAAU